AUGGCUAGUGAUAGCGACAGCAGCAGCAGCAGCUCGGCAUCCAGUGCUUCUCCCUCAGCAGCCAGAAAAGCUCAGCAAACCCAGGCUUCAAAAAAGCGCAAGGCGGCUGAGGCCCGGAUGUUACCGAUCCUCGACACCGGUGGCUGCUCUGAUGCAGCGAGCACAGAGGGGGAUGAGAAGUGCAUCGCGUGGGGAAAAUACAGAAAAGUGCAGUCCGCCUCUGGCGUGGUCCGGGUGCCAGUAGGAGCCUCAGACGGAAUCUGCCGAAACGUCUAUCGCUUGUUGGGCUUCCCCCACAAAUAUGGUUCGCAGGCAGAGUACCUCAAGAAAGUAGAAGCUAAGCAAGUGGAUCAUGAUGAGUUUUUGAAGAGUCGUGCAGAGUACGUGAAAAAAAUGAAGAAAGGUGGCCAGGCAGGGGCUCGCACCAAGAAGCGUGAAAAGGAGGACUUGAAGACCGCCUCUACCUUAAAGACGGUGAAAGAUACGGGCGUGAGAUUCGAAGGUCCCUUGAUGCAGUUCAUCGAUAUCACCCAAUGGGAUGCCAAGGAGGACGGCGUUCUGGACGAGACCAAAAUCGUGGAAGAGGCAGGCUUUUUGUCGCAGGAGAUCAACGGUGAAACCGUCAAAGGAAUCUACAAGAUGAGAGGAAGAAGGGGUUGUUAUGAUGUCAGGAACUUCGACACGAAAAAGGCCCGGACGGAGACGGAAGAACACUCCAAGAAGGAUUCGAAAGCCAUGUUCGCUGACCAGGCCCUCGCCAAUAAGAAAGUGGCCAUACAGGCGGCAUUCACUGAGACUCAUCAGGAACGUGUCUCCAAGGCUGUUGAGGCAGCUCCCACGUCUUAUGAUGCAGAGGGCAUCCUGGCCCUGUUGCAAAGCUCUGUUCUUGGAGGAAAUGCAACAGCGGCCUCCGGCCUGGCAAAACCUGCAGACAACGACCAAAAGGAGUCGGAUGGUUCUGAUGAGUCAAAUGCAGAGCUGGAUGAGUCAAGUUCCGAAAGUGACGAUGAGGGCAAAGCUCAGGAACGUUUGCAAAGCUUGGCAGGAAAGAAGAAAGCUAAAGCGAAAUCUCAACCGAAAGCCGCUCCCAAAGCAUCGACCGCGAAGGCAGGGCCAACAAGAUCGACAGUUUCAGUCUCAUUGCCACCAGUGGAAAAGACACAAUCGCAGCAGCCGUCUAAAGCAAGCGCUCCGAGCCAGCCAGCGAAGAAGCCGAGUUCCGAUGAUUUCGGUGCCGUCGCUUCGCCAGCAAAGACGUUGAACUUGGACGGUCGUGGCAUGAGAUUGAAAGACAGCCUCAAGAAGGAGCUUGCGGAGCUCAAGCUCAAGUUCGAGGGUCAGCUCGGUUUUGGAAAUGACUACAACUUCUUGGACAAGAAGGAGCAUGCCGCCCGACAGCGGUCUUUGACCGGGGUGUCAAAUUCCGUCCAGAACUCCAUGCGUCGUAUUGAGAACAGUCCAAACAAAGUCUCUUUCGAGUCGGAGAUUGAGGGUUUUGAGUCAUUGCGGUCGCUCGUCCAACAUGCUUUGGACUUGAACACGGCCUUGGCUUCGACCACUGGCGGUCCCAAAGCCAUUGAGGAUCUGUACGAAUGUUUGAAAGAGAACGGGCUCAUUCGUGUUGGAUCCUGUUUUUGGUUUAAGCUCUUGGAGUGCAAAUUGAAUGAGAAGAUCCUCUUCAAAAACCUUUCGGAUUAUGUUGGCGUGCUUUGCGAAGACAGCAAAGAGGUUUGUGCUCUGAAUGAUCUGGGGGUCUCGGACAAUGUCCGCGAGUUUGUGCAUGCGGACGUCGAAAGUCGGAUGACGACCUUUUUGGGCAAGGAGGACGUGUUGAAAGAUGGGUCCUGGGGGCGGAACCAGGCUAGGAACCUGGCUUCGGAAGUAUGUGACCAGAAGAGCAACAGCCUAUUUGAGAAUGUCAUAUUCACGUGCGAGCUGACCCGUGAUCUGCUCGCAGAUGAUAUCUCGGGAAUGGCCAGUGCCUUGGAGAGGUUUGCAAAAGUGGCAGAGGAGGAUGUCUUAGAGGAUGGA